AUGUCGACUCCGGCCGCAAAAUUGGGAGACUUCCUUCGAGUAUUGAUUGUCAGGAUCACAGCCUGCACUGCCAUCAAUACUCGAAGGAUUUUUAUUUUUUUUAAUUUUACUGGGGCUCAUAAAUUGCAAUCCUUCGGGUUGGCUGGGACCGCUACAAAAAGAGCUAAAAGAGGUUAUAAAGUAACGACGGCAAGCAAUUGGGUGAAAGUCAAACCCCUGCGCGCAAAGAGCGCUGCGCAGAUCAAAACCCGCCGAGCACCUAACAUGGACUCCAACGGGUGGUGA